GGGAAAAUAUAUAAUAUGUGAUCAUAUGGUGGUCACGUGACCCAGCGCAGCGGCCCAGGCAUCAUCAGAAUCCGAGACAGCAGCGCUAAAAACACACUCUUCUCACAUCCACACUCACAGGAAUCCCCGACGCUGAUUGGCCGGUGGCUCCUCUGAUGCGAUGACGACACGCGCUGGAGAAUCCCGUGCGCGCGCUGCUGCCACCACGAGCACGAGGACCGGAGCGUUUUCAUCCGUCGGUGACGUCACCGCGAACGGGGCAUCGUGCGUAAUGACAUCAUGAGGUUAAGCUGCGAGCCUGAAGGAGGGGAAAGUUUUCUUUGAGACUUGGAUAUUUUCAACCUCUUUGUUGCUGGGAGUCGGACACACAGGUGAAUUCCUGCUUGGACAUCCGGGCACUUGUUGUGUUUGCCUGUCAGCAUGAUAAUAUAUGUGCCUUGUUAGUAGUUUUAUGCAGUUUUGCGGAUGCAUUCGGACCGAACGUGGUUGUGAACAGGCCGCCGCUCUCACCUGGACCCCAAGGACCCGCCGGUGAGCCGGGUGACUUCGUGGAUUUGCGUGAAUCCGACCGCGCAGACAUGUUCGCCGCAGUGGAGAACGGUCCCGUCCUGUGCAGCGACUCCAACAUCUUGUGCCUGUCCUGGAAGGGUCGCGUUCCCCGGAGCGAGAAGGAAAAGCCCGUGUGCAGGAGACGCUAUUAUGAGGAAGGCUGGCUCGCCACGGGGAACGGCAGGGGCGUCGUGGGCGUCACGUUCACCUCCAGCCACUGCAGGAGAGACCGGACGACCCCACAGCGCAUCAACUUCAACCUGAGGGGACACAAUAGUGAGGUGGUGUUGGUGAGGUGGAACGAACCCUUCCAGAAGCUGGCGACCUGUGACACGGACGGGGGGAUAUUCGUGUGGAUCCAGUACGAGGGCCGCUGGUCUGUAGAGCUGGUCAAUGACCGAGGAGCGCAGGUGAGUGACUUCACCUGGUCACAUGACGGCACGCAGGCGCUGAUCUCCUACCGGGACGGUUUCGUGCUGGUCGGGUCGGUGAGCGGGCAGCGCCACUGGUCCUCUGAAAUCAACCUGGAGAGUCAGAUCACAUGUGGGAUCUGGACCCCCGACGACCAGCAGGUGUUGUUCGGCACGGCGGACGGUCAGGUGAUCGUCAUGGACUGUCACGGGCGCAUGCUGGCUCAUAUUCUCCUCCACGAGGCCGAGGGCAUCGCCAGCAUGGCCUGGAACUAUCCCAGCUUCCUCGUGGAGGACAGCAGCGAGAGCGACACGGACUCCGAUGAGUACACACCUCUGCAGGGUCACAGUCUGAAGCCGGUGUUGACCGUCUGCUUCACGUCUGGAGACAUCAGUCUGAUGAGCAACUAUGAUGACCUCUCGCCGACGUUAAUACGCACUGGCCUCAAAGAUGUGGUCGUGCAGUGGUGCUCUCAGGGCGACUUGCUGGCUGUUACUGGGAUGGAGAGACUCGUAAUGACCUCUGACCCUUCCCAAAUGACCCGAAAUGCCAUUGUGAAGUUUUACAAUGUUAGUGGUGAAAAUAUUUAUUCACUGGAAACACCUGCUCAGAGGCCGAUCAGUACGCUGUGUUGGGGCCAUCGAGACUCGCGUCUGUUUCUGGCUUGUGGCCCGGCGCUGUACGUGCUUCGAGUCGAACACCGAGUCGCCAGCCUGCAGAUGCUGUGCCAAAAGGCCAUCGCCAGUGCGGUUCACGAGGAGAAAGACGUGGCCAAGCUCAGCAUGCCCUCUCGCCUAAGCACAUACGUGUCUUCUGCCUUCGCUCCCACCGUUAAGCCUCCCAUCCCAGAUCCCAACAACAUGCGAGACUUUGUUAGUUAUCCAACAACGGGUAACGAGCGUUUGCACUGCACCAUGAAGCGCACCGAGGACAACCCUGAGGUCGGCGGCCCGUGCUACACUUUAUAUCUGGAGUAUCUAGGAGGGCUUGUUCCUAUUCUGAAAGGCCGGAGGAUCAGCAAACUUCGCCCUGAAUUCGUCAUCAUGGACCCAAAGACUGAUGGGAAAACAGAUGAAGUCUAUGGCAACAACUUCAUCCCCUCCAUGAUUGACAGCUGCAAUUGCUCAGAUUCUAGUGACAUUGAGCUCAACGAUGAUUGGGUUGGAAAGAAAUCACCAAAGAUCUCCAGAGGGAGCAAGUCUCCCAAACUUCCCAGGAUAAAUAUAGAUCCCCGCAAGUCCCCCAAGAUCUCCCGAACCACGCAGGAAAUAUCCCGAUCGCCACGGUUACCCAUUCGCAAGCCCUCCAUUGGCUCUCCGAGUCUGACCCGGCGAGAGUUUCCCCUAGAUGACAUCACACAGCACAAUUAUCUCGCGCAAGUUACGUCUAACAUAUGGGGAACAAAGUUCAAAAUUGUGGGGCUUGCAGCAUUUUUGCCUGCAAAUCUUGGUGCAGUUAUCUACAAGACUAGCUUGCUUCACCUCCAGCCCAGACAGAUGACCAUAUACCUCCCUGAGGUGAGGAAGAUCUCAGUGGAAUACAUUAACCUACCUAUGUUUAGUCCUAAUGUCUUCAGUGAGGAUGAGGAUGACCUGCCGGUCACAGGAGCAUCAGGAAUCACUGAUGAUAAUCCAACUUGCACUGUCAACAUACCUAUUGCCCCCAUACACAGCCCUGCCCAAGCCAUGUCCCCAACACAAAGCAUCGGCCUAGUCCAAUCCCUACUAGCCAAUCAAAACGUCCAAUUAGAUGUAUUAUCCAAUCCGACUUCAACUGUGGCACCACCUGGAGUCCCAGACCAAGGACAGCAGGACAAUGUGCUCACGGCAAAAUAUACCGUUCCUGCACGGUAUUCUAGUCCUGGACAGGUAAUAUUUGGAGGAAUGGAUGUUGGUCGGCUUUUAGUUGUGCAGUCCCAACAACAACAGCAAUCGCAACAACAACAACAUCAGUUGCAACAACAUUAUCAACAACAGCAGCUACAGCAACAGCUUCAACAAUAUCAACUGCAGCAACAACAGUUAUUGCAGCAUCAGCACAUGCAACAACAGCAACAGCAACACAUGCAACAGCAAAUCCAACAGAUGCAGCAGCAACAGCAAAUGCAGCAACAGCUUCAGCAUCAAAUCCAACAGCAACACAUGCAAAUGCAACUUCAGCUACAGCACCAGCAGAUGCAGCAGCAGUUGCAACAACAGCAGCAGCAGCAUCAGAUCCAAAUCCCCGUUCCAACUUUGCCCUCAGGUCAACCAUCAAACCCAGUCAUUCAACUUCCCCAAACUACAAUACAAGUCGCUCCCCCUUCAGCAGAGCACAGUACAGAGCGGGUGGAGCACGAGCUCCUGCUUAAAAUCAAAACGACUCGUUCUGCCCCACAACUGGCUGAGGGUGAUGCAGUGGUUUUUACCGCCCCUCUUGAGAUUAGCAAAAUGAACCCGCCUCCUCCGUACCCCGGCACGGUUUCAGCCGUUUCUUCUACGAACUCCUCCUCAUCGGGGAGCAACACUAGCACUCAAUCCUCAGGGGACGUUUGUCUAAAGAAAGGGGAUCUGACUCUGUAUCCAACUGGUGCACAAGCAACUCAGUACCAAACCCCAUUGGGAUACGAACGCAUCACCACGUUUGACAGCAGUGGAAAUGUGGAGGAGGUGUGCCGUCCGCGCACGAGACUAGUUUGCAACCAGAAUGUUUACACGCUUCAGGGCCCGGGAAGCUCUGCAACCCUCAGGGUCUCGUCAUCUUCCUCUACUGUUGACGGGAAGAAGGUGCAAAUGCCCUACGCCUCAGCCACGUUAAACCGUCUCACUGUGCCAAGGUACUCUAUACCAAGCGGAGACCCGCCUCCUUACCCUGACUCAGCCAAUCAGGUUGGAGGAGGGCGUAACCCUGGCCAGAGAUUGGACAGCAGUUUGAUUCAUGCUACCUUGAGGCGAAACAGUCGGGAAGCUGCGCUAAAGGUCUCCCAGAUGCUUGAUCCCCAGAGGACUCUUCCCUCCAAGGCUAAAGCUAAUACCUUGUCCGCUUCGUACCAACCGAGAGGACCGACGGCUCUUUAUACGUGCAGUCAGUGCAGUAGUAAUAAUGGGAUUAGCAGUGGGGCUUCCAGCAGUGGGAGUAAUGGAAUAGCUGGUGGGACAAUCAUUAGACAAGAUUUCCCACCUUCAGGGGGUGGUGCGCCUCACAGCACUGUUAUAGUGCACUCAAACAGUGCCUCGCCUUUGCCUUCCCAAUCCUCCUACAAUUUGCUCAGUAUGGAUGGAACCGGUGGCAAUGGAAACCGAGACAGAACUGAGUACAUCAACUCCGCCUUUACAGAGGACGAGUCGUUGAAUCAGUCUCUAAGGCAAAUGGCUCUUAACACAGAGGUUGUGAGUUUGACAGUCAAACGGCCUCCUCCGUAUCAAUGGGAUCCAUCCGCUACUGAAGAGAUCUGGGUUCCUCAAGAGCGUACGCCGACUCUUCCCCCUUCUGGAGUCCCUCCUGCUUCUUCCCACAAGCCUCCUCCACUCGUUCUCAGCCCCGCACAACAUCUGGAUGUUUCCCGACUCCCGUUUGUCCUCUCGCCCAAGUCUCCGACAAGUCCUAAUGUCACAACUUUCCAACAAGCAGGAGCGUAUCAGAUUGCAUUGCCCUAUCCAACAAGUGCAGGGUAUAACGCUCCCCCGUUAGCUUCUCCACGUCCCCAAUCUCCCAAAGAGUUGGUCGCUCCUCUUCCCUUCUCCCAGCAAGAUCAAGCUGUGGUCUUGCCGCCUGGGUAUCCGCCAAAUUUGCCUAACCUUGCUUGCUUCCCACCAAUGUACCCUGGGACGACGACUUGUUCUAGUUUACCGGUGACUCCCAUUUCUCUUCAUCCAUGGGGUUCUUAUAAUCCCUGUCCACCUUUGCCAAGUCCUCAAGGUCCUGCUCCUUCCCUUCCACCAAAGACUUCCCAUAUGUUGGAUAAACCUGUUCUUUCUCCUCCUCCUCAACCACCUCCACUUUCUUCGCCACCUCCAGAUCCCCAAAAUGUGGUCAGUCCUCCGGAAGCUAUUGCUGAAGCCGGGGAAGGCUUUCAAGAAGUGCUUUCGCUCAACGAAAGCCCGGUUCCUCAAAGAGCAGAUCGGUUUGGGAAGAAGAACCGAAAGCGGUUGGAAAACAGUCGGACAGAUGAAGCCAACGUUCCCGCAAUCACAGAAGGAGGAGGGAAUAAGUCUAAAAAAGAGGGUCGUGCCCUUGGUGACUUCAACUCGCUUAUCUCAAGUCCCAGAUUAGGUGGACGAGACAAGAAGAAACCAAAAGGCCAGAAAGAGCAGCUGAAAGCCAAAAAGCUAAGCAAGGCCACUACGAACGAGUUCCAGGACAGUUCGGAAAGCGAACCGGAGCUUUUCAUCAGCGGAGAUGAGCUGAUGAACCAGAGCCAGAGCGGGAAAAAGAGCUGGAAAACGAAAAGAAACUUGCGUGCGGGAGGAUGCGAGCUGGACGAAAUCAAAUGCCGGAAGGCUAACGAGAAGGAGGACCGUGGGCUCGGGAGCCAGGGGUUCGUCUACAUCAUGGCAAACAAACAGCCUCUGUGGAACGAAGCCACGCAGGUUUACCAGCUGGACUUUGGAGGAAGAGUCACGCAGGAAUCGGCCAAGAACUUCCAGAUUGAGCUCGAGGGGAGACAGGUGAUGCAGUUCGGACGGAUCGACGGGAACGCGUACAUACUGGACUUCCAGUAUCCCUUCUCCGCCGUGCAAGCUUUUGCUGUAGCGCUCGCUAACGUCACCCAGCGCCUCAAGUGAUCGCCCGGGCAUGGACGUUUUAGCCAACAAUACCAUUUCUUUCCUUUGCUCUCUAGUUUUUUUGUUUUUUCCCAGUUUAAGAUGCAGUACUAAUACUUGAAAAUUACAUCUGGGAAGUAAUUGCCACAUUUUCCAAGUGUUAGCGGUACUACUGGGCACUGAAAUCAAUUGCUGUACAACAUACUGUCAUGUUACUAAUUAUGUUUUUGUGUUUGUUGCAUAAGAUACUAAUGUUUGUCAAACUCAUAUCUAAACUCACUUCCAGGGACUGUGGUGCCCUUGGAGUUCGAUUGCUAGCAUCUGAUUUAGAUGCUUUUUGGCUUGCAGUCAUAAAAUGCAUUUUAUUAACGAAUAGUAAGACUGAAUAUCCAGUCUUGUAGGAUAGGAUGGACUUGCUUUGGCAGACAGAAAACCCUGAAUGAGCUCAACGGUCAAACCAUUAAUGCUGUGUUCAUUAGCA